CCCAGCGCAAGCCAUUCGGCAGAAAGUGAGUCGUGAUCAUCAGGGAAAAACCGUGGGUGGACGGACACCCUUCCGUGUUUACCUCACCUCGGACGCUGAGAUCAUUUGUCCAGCUCUUUGUGGUUUAACUACCCCGGGGUGGGUGACGACCAUUUUGCUGUUUUUGUGUCCUUUUCUUGGUGACGUUCCUCGUUUGUGUGUAUUAACCCUCACCGAGAGCGAGAGCGACACCAGCCGCCUCGAAGGCUAAGCUAGGACGGCAACGGGUGGGGGUGGAUUCCCCUUUAUUUUGACCCGCUUUGUGUAAACAACACAUUUGCCGUCACAUGAGUAUGAGAGCCGGAGAAAGUAUACUUCAUGGAGGCUUCUUUCUGGGAGAUAAAUACAUUUCUCUGGGUGAGUACCAGAUGAAGGAAAGAAAAGCUGAGCUAAGCUAGUCGGCUAGCUUGCUAGUAGGAGGAAGUUAGCUAGCGACAAAUGCGUUACCGGGCAAAAGAGACACAUAAAAGCUUUCAUUAUACAGAUUUAUUUGAUUUAAAUCCACCGCGGGUGAGCCAUGGCAUCGUUUGGAUUGUAAAACGGAGAGGAAUUAAUCCUGGAACGCCAGCUAGCAGCUUUGUUAGCUUUAAAGUCGAGCUGUAAACAAAGGCUGCCCUGCACACUUGACAUCCCUUCCUGUUCUUAGCGUCAUUAUUGUGUUAGAAUACAAACAAACAUGGAUUUAAAGACGGCAGUGUUCAAUGCAGCCAGAGACGGAAAGCUCAGGCUCCUCCAGAAGCUCCUGGAGAACAAAGAUGGACCAGAGGUGACUAAGCUUAUGGGCGAGAAGACCAACGGCGCCACCCCGCUACUCAUGGCCUCCCGUUACGGUCACCUGGACCUGGUGGAGUACCUCCUGGAGUGCUGCUGCGCUCCAGUCGAGAUCGGCGGCUCUGUCAACUUCGACGGGGAAACCAUCGAGGGUGCACCGCCGCUUUGGGCCGCGUCCGCAGCCGGGCACUUGAAAGUGGUGCAGUCCCUUCUGGGCCACGGUGCCUCCGUGAACAGCACCACGCUAACCAACUCGACUCCUCUGAGGGCGGCGUGUUUCGAUGGUCAUCUGGACAUUGUCAGGUACCUGGUGGAGCACAAGGCGGACCUGGAGGUGGCCAACAGACAUGGGCACACCUGUCUCAUGAUCUCCUGCUACAAAGGACACAAGGAGAUUGCACAGUACCUGCUGGAGAGAGGUGCUGAUGUCAACCGCAAAAGUGUUAAAGGCAACACAGCGCUCCAUGACUGUGCAGAGUCCGGCAGCCUGGAGAUCAUGCGCAUGCUGCUGCAGUACAGGGCGUCCAUGGAGCAGGACGGCUACGGCAUGACCCCCCUUCUGUCCGCUAGCGUCACGGGCCACACUAACAUUGUUGACUACCUGACCACACAUCACCAGACGAGCCACAAGGAGCGCAUCGACGCCCUGGAGCUCCUGGGAGCCACGUUUGUGGACAAGAAGCGAGACCUUCUCGGAGCUUUGAAGUACUGGAAGAAAGCCAUGGACUUCAGGUACAUGGACAGCAACAACGUGGUCCAUAAACCGGAGCCCAAGCAGCUCAUCAUGGCCUACGACUACGCCCGGGAGGUGACAAAUGGAGAAGAACUGGACGGGCUCAUAUCGGACCCCGAUGAGAUGCGCAUGCAAGCUCUGCUCAUCCGUGAACGCAUCCUUGGCCCGCAGCACCCGGACACGUCGUACUACAUCCGAUACCGCGGCGCCGUCUACGCCGACUCUGGGAACUUUGAGCGCUGCAUCAAUCUGUGGAAGUACGCCCUGGACAUGCAGCAGAGCAACCUGGACCCCCUCAGCCCCAUGACGGCUUCCAGCCUGCUGUCCUUCGCCGAGCUCUUCUCGUUCAUGCUGCAGGACCGGGCCAAGGGUCUGCUCGGGACGUCUGUGUCCUUCGAGGACCUGAUGGGGAUCCUGACCAAAAGCGUGCUGGAGAUCGAACGCGCCAUACGGCACAGGAGGUCGUUUCCUCUCGACCCCGCCCAGCUCAGCAAAGCGCUCUCCAUCAUCCUGCACCUAGUCUGUCUUCUGGAGAAGGUGCCGUGCACGACGGAGCAGGACCACUUCAAGAAGGAGACCAUCUACAGGUUCCUGAAGCUCCAGCCACGUGGCAAGAACGGCUUCAGCCCACUCCACCUGGCCGUGGACCGCAACACCACCUGCGUGGGCCGCUACCCGGUCUGCAAGUUCCCCUCGCUCAUCGUCACCUCCAUCCUCCUGGAGUGCGGCGCCGACGUCAACUGUCGAGACGACGACGAUAACAGCCCGCUCCACAUAGCCGCGUCCAACGGCCACUCGGACAUCAUGAACCUCCUGGUGUCGUGGGGGACUCACUUCGACAGCACCAACGCCUUCCAGCAGACGGCCUGCGACCUCCUGGACGAGAAGGAGCUGGCCCGGAACGUGGUCCAGCCCAUCAACCACACCACGCUGCAGUGCCUGGCCGCCAGGGUCAUCGUCAAGCACAGCCUCCGCUACCAGGGGAACAUCCCCGAAAAACUUGAGGCCUUCGUUCAGCUCCACAGAUGAUGACUCACGGAAUCGAACCGAAGAGCGGAACAAAAUGGAGGAUUGGGUGUUGUGAUGAAUUGAUAAAAGACAUCUCUGGAUAAACUCUGCAAGGGAUUUCUACUUUUUUUUUUUUUUUUUUUUUUGCGCAUUAGGAAAAAAAAAUUGGCAUGUUCCACAAUGCUAUUUAUUAUCAUCACUUGAGAGAUUUUUCUCCAUGUUGGCUCCAACCUUUGCCGCCUUUUGUCAAAAACAAAGAUGGCGGCAGUUUGACAUCUGCUGGAACAUCAGGUCCACCCAUCUACCCCCAUUUUCCACUGUUGCCAACACCCGUUUUUUUUGUACUUUUCCAACUGAAUUCUCAUGCAAAUCUGGAUAUCCGCCAUGUGGAGUUGCCGUUCUACAGGAAGCUUUUUUUUUUUUUUUUUUUUUAAGUGGGGGGGGCGGGGGUGAAGGUUUCCAUUUUUCCAAGUGUAUAAAAAAGCUUUACAUAUACUGUCCGCUAACACCGUAAGUGCUUUAUUCCUUCUAUGCACAGGCUAGGCUGUUGGAAAGAGACUGUUGAAUUGCACACACAGCUGCCACAGUGAACAUCCCAGCGCCCCCCCCCCCCCCUCCAUAACCCCCCCAAUAUAAUAUACCAUAACGUCAUAUCACAGGACACCCGCACUGCUCAUUAUAGAGUCAGGUUUUGUGAAUGAUCUUGUUUGCACAUUUUCAGUGGUGUGUGGAGAAAGACGGGAAAAAGGAGGGGGGGGGUAUGGAAAGGGCUUUUUUUUUUUUUUUUUUCUUCUCCCCCAACAUUUGUAGGAGUUCAUGAUAUGGAUUUUGGGUUUUUCCACCAGAAAAGUUGACAUAGAAAAUGUAUGACCACUCCCCCGGGGCAACUUGGUCUGAAUCAGCACUUUAAUUCACAGCUGAGAUUAAAAUUGGAAUGUGGCAUUAAUCCUGUUAAUCCACAUCUUUAUUAAUUUGACAAUAAACCCAUGUUGCACUUGUACUUAUCUACUUGUUUUUUUUUUAAAUGUGCUUCUACAUCCUGAUAAGUCAACCUGUAUUGUUUUAUGAAUUAUUCCGAUAUUGCACUCCAUUUUUGUUAUGUUAAAGUCAAAACAUACGACCUGAUAUUUUUCGGUGCUGUUAUCCAUAAGUUCCGUAAGUCGGAUUGACUUGAAAUUUCUCACACUGCUCACUUCCAGCGAAAAUGUGAAAGGGUUUUUCAAAGGCCA